UCAAUCAUCCUGAUAUGUUCUUUCUUUUGAAAGAGUCUCAAUAAGACACACAAGACAUUUUUCUCUCUCAUUAUCCUUGUUUUCCGUCUUUAAUUUUCUGUUCUUGCUCCAAAAUAAUUCAGAUAAACUGCCAGUCCGAGUGCACUUCUCAAAUCAGAGCAGCAGAAUGCAUGAGGGCGAUGCUCUACUGGCUGGUCCUUCCUUAUCUCCAGCAUCUCCAGCACAAAAUGGAUCGAAGGUACCUGGACCUACGAGUUCUCCUCCCACUGCUGUUCAGACUACAACCGCAGAGAGUUUGGCUCAUAGCAUCAGAAGCAAGUUUAUGAAUGAGCUUCAUAAAGUCCCAUUACCAUCCUGGGCUUUGGUGGCCUUCGGCUUCCUCGUAGUCCUCAUCAUUUUUAGUUGCUGCCUGUGUUUCUGCAGAAAGAUGAUAUUUAAGAAGAAAAAAGAGAAGGGUGGGAAAGAAAAAAAUGAAAAGAACACCAUCAAUAUGUCAAGCGUAAGAGAAGAGGGAACAAAACAGGUUGUCCAUCACGGAAUUGAUUCUGACCCCAAAGAAGAGGAUCCAGAGUCUAAAGAGGCUGCAAAAUUAGGAAAACUUCUCUAUACCCUUGACUACAACUUCACUGACAGUGCGUUAAUUGUAGGUGUGAUUCAGGCAGAAGGUCUUGCUGCUAUGGAUAUGAGUGGCACUUCUGAUCCAUAUGUGAAAGUUUACCUCCUCCCUGACAAGAAGAAAAAGUUUGAGACAAAAGUUCACCGCAAAACUCUAGAUCCGACUUUUAAUGAGCACUUCACCUUUAAGGUUCCAUAUGCAGAGCUUGGUGGAAAGACGCUGGUCAUGACAGUGUAUGACUUUGACCGUUUCUCCAAACAUGAUGCUAUUGGGGAUGUGAGGGUGCAAAUGAAUAAGGUGGACUUCAGUCAUCUUACAGAAGAGUGGAGAGAUCUGCAGAAAGCCGAGAAAGAGGAGCAUGAGCGGUUAGGUGAUAUUUGCUUGUCUCUGCGCUAUGUACCCACUGCUGGAAAGCUGACGGUUGUAGUUCUGGAGGCCAAAAACCUCAAAAAAAUGGAUGUGGGUGGUCUCUCAGACCCAUAUGUAAAAAUCCACCUGAUGCAGAAUGGCAAAAGACUAAAGAAAAAGAAAACCACAAUUAAGAAAAACACACUGAACCCAUAUUACAAUGAAUCGUUUAGUUUUGAAGUUCCAUCUGAGCAGAUUCAGAAAGUACAGGUUGUGGUGACGGUGUUGGACUAUGACAAAAUUGGGAAGAAUGAUGCCAUUGGAAAGGUUUUCCUCGGACAGAACAGCUCAGGAACGGAGCAGCGCCAUUGGUUAGAUAUGUUAGCCAAUCCAAGAAGACCCAUCGCCCAAUGGCACGCACUUAAACCUGAAGAGGAUGUGGAUGCUGAACUGACAAAGAAGUGAAGCUGUCUGUGCGUGUCUGAGCAUUUGUAUACUUAAAUAUUCAGCAGUUUGCUUUAAUUUGUGAAGUUUGUGUGUAUAUGUGUGCAUGUAUGUGGGCAGAGGUUGAGGUAGAUCCAGUUAAAUCUCAUCUCUCUCAGCCACAUUAAUAAUCAGAAUCACUUCUUUUUCUGUAUAUUGUGUGCAGAUUGUGCAAAGAUAAAUUAAAUGAUAUAUUAAAGCUGCAGUCUAAGUUUUGCCUCUUUGUCGCCAUCUCUGUUUGAAACCUGCAAUUGCAGUUAUUUGCAGAACUAUCUUUACGUGGGUUGUGCAUCAGCACAGCUCCUCAGCACUGAUUAAUCUAAUGUUUGCUGUCAGUCACCACAUCUGUCACGAUCACUGUCUGUUCCUGUCAGUUCCUGGACUCCACUUCCCAUAAUCCUCCCUUCCAAUCACAUGCACCAAUCACCAAUUGCCACACACACCUGCAGAUCAUUACCUGGACUAUUUAAGACACACACACACACACACCCUUUGCGAAGUCUUGAUUUGCCCUGGUGAUCAACUCUGAGUGUUUUCUUGUGGACUGUUUACCCUGUUACCGUUGGAUUGUUUAUUCUUUGUGAUUCUCUGCUGCCUGCCCUGAACCUUGCCUGUGUACUGGACUGUGUUUGUUUGCUGCCUGCCCUG